UUUCUUUCUGUUCCCCGAGCCAUCGGCCUCUCUCUCCCUUUCUCUCUCCCCCCCCCCCAACCGCGUCCUCCCAUAUUCUGCCCCGGCGACGCCGUACACCGCCGUAGGCGGCGGAUUUGGGCUACGAUACCGCUGAUCUAAUUUAUGGGCUUUAUAGCCUUUAUCUGUGUUGAUUCUCUACUGUUCUUUCUUUUCCCCAAAUAAAUUUCAAGCGAGGCAUUCGAUUCGCUGAUGGCCAAUCCCCUUUAGCUUUCUACUCGAGUCAAUAAUCCGACACCUCUGAUCAGGUCACCUGCGCGCCGACGUGGCAUGCAUCGGACGGCGUGGGAGCGUGGCGACGAUGACGAGCAAUCAGCACCGUAGGAUUGGAACGCCCCCGAGGGGGGGGCCCUCGAAUAAUAAGCGUAAAGAGAGAGAGAGCCUUCAGAUUCCUCCACCGCCCAAUAAGAAGCUGGUUAGGCCCAAUGACCCCAGGCCCAAGCCCGGCCCAGUUCAAUCAAGUGCUAAAUCUCCUGAGCCGGCUUCUAAUAAUCAGCUCCUGGCCGGGUACUUGGCCCAUGAGUUUCUCACGAAGGGCACGCUCUUUGGUCAGCCAUGGGGCUCGACUCGAGCCGAGGCUGUUGAGUCGAGAAGGCCGAAGCAACCCGGGUCCAGCCAGGAAGCCGAAGCCGAGGCUCGGAUCGAGGAGUAUCAAAGGUACGUCGAGGUGGCUAGUUUGCUUAAAACAGACGGGGCCCACUUGCCCGGCAUUGUCAAUCCCACCCAGCUCGCCCGGUUCCUACAGCUGUGACCGCGAGGCAUACGCGGCGAAAGCUCAUUGGUGGUGCUCAAACAACAAAAGAUCGAAGAAGGUGCCGGAACCCCUCUCUCUCUGUCUCUCUCUCUGUGUGUGUGUGUGAAGUUACUUUUGCAUGGCCAUGCACUCCGAAUCCCCUUAAAUUAAUGUGUUUCAUGACCAUUCUCGAUUAACUGUAAAGUUGUGUUUGUCCAAGGAGAGUGUGGCUGUUAAAGGUGUAAUUGGGUGAAGUUGGGAUUGGAAGAGAUGCCAUUGCCAUGCAUUUCCAAGAAACGACAGAAAUGGUGGUGGCUAGAGAAGAAGCUUCGUUUGUGGCUUCGUCUGAGUCUCAAUUAUAUAUAUAUAUAUAUAUACCCACCAAAAAGAGGAAGGUUCCUCGGACCAAAACUGUUUAGAGGUAAACUUGUCUUAUGAGUGCUUCCUCCUUUUUGUAAUGUCGAGAUGACAUUUAAUUAAGCAUUUAAGUUUGACUGUUUAGCCGAUAAUCUGCAUAUGUAUUGAUGCGAUA